AUGAGAGCUGGGCAAUGGCAACAGGCCCUGAGUUUGUUUCGUUCAAUGCGUUCGAUGCGUUCGACGGAUGCUCUGGGCUAUUCCUUGGGCGUCAGCGCUGCCGAGCGUUUGACACGGUGGGCUGAAGCACUCAGCCUGCUGGAGGCAAUCUGGCAUAAUGAGCUACCUUUGAGUCGAAGGAGCUACAACGCCUGCCUGAGCGGCUGUGGAAAGAGCAGUGAAUGGCGCAAGACCUUGAGGCUGCUGAGUGGCAUGGCUUCCUCUCAUUUGCAACCCGACGUGAUCAGCUUCAGCUCGGCGAUCAGUUCCUGUGAGAGGGCUGCUGCAUGGCAACAUGCUGUCAGAGUCUUUGACCAGAUGCUCCAAGCCCAGAUCCAAGCUGAUGCUCUCAGCUACUCUGUACACAGUGGGGCGUCUUCCACUGCUUCAGCACCAACCGAUACCCUCUUCGUUGGACAGGCGCUGGUCGAGCAGCCCAGUCCAAGCACAGGCGAUUCCAGCGAGGCCAACGAGCGCUCCGCAUCCUCGAGCAGUCGAGGAGAAGAGCUUAGCUGCGCUGAACGCGAGGCAUGGCAAUGA